CUCAAUUCUCAUCGACCUCAAUCUUCUUCCUUCAUCGAAUAGCAGAGCUUACGAUUAAACAAAAAUGGCAGGAUUCUCACAGGACUGGGAGCCGAUAGUCAUCCGCAAGAAGGCGCCGACCUCCGCAGCUCGCAAGGAUGAGAAAGCCGUCAACGCCGCCCGCCGCGCCGGAGCAGAGAUCGAGACUGUCAAAAAGUCAACCGGUGGGACAAACAGAGCUGCUUCGAGCAGUACCUCGUUGAAUACCAGGAAGCUUGAUGAAGAUACCGAGAAUCUUACUCAUGAGAAGGUUCCGACCGAAUUAAAAAAGGCUAUCAUGCAGGCUCGAAUGGAUAAAAAACUCACCCAAGCUCAACUUGCUCAGGUGAUAAAUGAGAAACCGCAGAUCAUACAGGAAUACGAAUCUGGGAAAGCAAUUCCCAAUCAGCAGAUCAUAUCCAAACUGGAGAGGGCCCUUGGUGUGAAAUUGCGCGGAAAGAAAUAAGAACGAGCAGUAGGGACGAGACGAGCCUUUUUGGUAUGUUUAGUGGUGUAAAUGAGCUUUCUGCUGUAUUGCCUUUCUCUUUCAGUGGUUUUGCCCACGUAUCAGGAUUCUAAAGAAACAUGCUUGUGAUCUGAUGCUUAUGAAACUUGAUUAUCUAA